AUGCAUUACAGGCCCCAGGUCCCUCUGGAUGUUGAAAUCCUUGAGAUGCACCGUCUCAGUCUCUCAGACUACCUUCGAGCAGACGGUGAAGUGAUAGUUUCCCACGAUUUGCCAUUGCUCUCUGACAAUAAUGUUGAUGAGCCACUGUGCACCUUGUGCCGUUCUUUACCCUGCCCUCACUGCCCAGGCUUGGAUGACCCAGUCGCUCUCACACACUCUGCAGAUGGAUUCAAUGAAGACUUGCAGACGCUGAAUACCACACCCAUACUGUUUACCGCUGAGACUGAGGAAGCUCCAUGUGGUGCCAGUCAUACUCACCAUCUACUUGGACCCACAGAGGCUUGUCAUGAUUGCGUCUCUCUCACCACCUUACAGCUCGCCAUCAUGCGUUCAGUAAGAAGCUUCCAGGGCACCGCACCCUAUGGUGCGCCACCAGAUAUUGUGCUUGAACACCUUGUCGAGCUUACACAUACAACUUCAAGUGAACUGCUGUCCAACAUGGCAUGGCUUCUUGAACAAGCAUACUUAUUUUCACCUUUGGAUGACGGACAUCUGGCAGCUACUCUCCCUCUUGUUUGCACUGAGCAUUGGAUAUUCAAUGUGCUGACUCAAACAUACCUCCGCCAGCCACUGAAAGAGCGUACUAACUGGAAUGUCAAAAAGGAACCCUGCAUGGCUUGA